AGAAGUCACUGGGGGAAAAAAGCGACGCUUUAAAAAGUGAUUAUUGCGGCGAGCACUAUGGAGGCAUACGAGCAGGUACAGAAGGGCCCCCUGAAGCUGAAAGGUGUGGCAGAGCUUGGCGUGACGAAGCGGAGGAAGAAGAAGGACAAAGACAAGACCAAGAUGCUGGAGACCAUGGGGAUGAGAAAGAAGAGCGAGGAGGAGAAGCAGCACUGCCUGGACAAGCGCACGCCGGCGCAGGCUGCCUUUGAAAAGAUGCAGGAGAAGCGGCAAAUGGAAAGGAUCCUGAAGAAGGCGUCGAAAACCCACAAGCAGAGAGUGGAGGACUUCAACCGACACCUGGACACACUCACCGAGCACUAUGACAUUCCCAAGGUCAGCUGGACCAAGUAACCUGCCCUG